ACGGUACAUGCAGAGUCUCUUUCGGAUUGAAUCGACCCCUCUCAGAAGGGUGUGGAACACUGCAUGGACAUGCAGGUGAGUCUUUCUUUCCUUUGGACUCUCCAUGGACUACACCGACAGUCACUGCGGAAACGAGAUAUUGUCUGGUACUGGACAUGGUGUGGGCAGAUGACUAAACCGUAGAUAGGUAACCAUUACUAUGACCUCACUAUGGAUGAACUUGCCGAAGCCCGAGACAAACUGGAACUGUUGGAAGAACAAGAAUGCCAAACACCUUUGCAACAUCCACGAUCGACCAACUCCUCAAGCACACUACACACACCCCUAUCAGCCGUCCUCCUGUUAUAGCUCUUUAUCAGGUAAUCUAUCCGGCCCGGCCUAUGCCCACCAGUACACCAAGCAGGCGUUGGCUAGUGUCACGUCGUUGGAGAGACGUAAUUAUGAAGUCACCGGGUCUCUGGACCACUAUCGCAAUAGAUCAUGGUCUACCUCUCUGGUGUUAGCACACGUAAAGAGAAGUCGUGAAUGUCCACUCAACGUCCGAAUACGGUACUGGCUUUUUCGGAAUCACUUUCCAAAGUUUUCGGGACUCCUUGGUCUUAUGGUCUCUUAUGGAUACCGCUGGCGUAGCUUCCUUGUCAAGAACAACUCGCAGGAUAUGGAUGGUGGAGUCAUCAAAAGCAUUUGGAACGUAUCGUUUUCCUCUCUGAAAGUGCCCAACUACUCGAGUAUUUUGAUCUUAAGGAAAGCAUAAGACUCGAUAACUUCUCCGCUGCUGCUAGUCUCAAAUCUCUUAGGUUACGGCGUUCUCCGUUAGGAGCACCACUCUUACCUAUCUAUAACGUCGCUAAGAAUGCUGACAGUGCUUUCGAUCUUUGGGUCGAAGUUGUGGGGUUCUACUUCCGGACGGUAUCCACUUGCCACCUUCUCGAGUCCCUUGCGGUUGUGCUCGAUGAUCCCCGGUC